CUCCAAACUUAUAUAAACUCUCCAUUUUCUUAUUCAAAAACCAACCCAAUUAUCCAUCUACUGCUCUUAUCUUAUAACAUCUCAACCUUUUUUAGCUUCCUCUGCUUAUUUUUUCAUGGGUAGCCAAAGAGGGUCAAGAACAGGGACGACCCAAGAUGCUUUACCUGUCUCUAACUGGAAGAAAUGGUCCAAUUUUGUCCCUCUCAUUGUCGCCCUUGUUGUUAUGUCAGAGAUCACCUACUCAGGUCGUCUCGACGUGGCCAAGAACGUUGCUAAGCUUGGUGUGUUGAUCUCUCAGGCUUCACCUGCUCAUCAAGAGACACCACCAACAAUAAAGUCACUUGUGCAACAAAAUAAGAAUAAACCGGAAAUCAUGCCAUUUUUUGUCAAGUUUUUAGAUCAAAUAAUUCAAACUCCAGAGAUUAAACUACGUUUUGAAAAUCUUGUGAAUGCUACCAAUGGUAGUAAGAUAGACAUGGUGAUAUAUUGUAUUGGGAGCAUAAAAAACCGUGAACUUUCAAGGUUACAACUAAGCCUAGCACUUCUGUUAAAGGAAGAACUGGAUUGGAUAUUUAAUGGUAACAUAGAAAUAUUUGAUCCAAUUCUCAGUGCUGAAGAGAAUGAAGUUUUGAGUGAUAUGGGUUUUAAAGUGUUGCGGGAGAAUGAGGAAGGAUGGCGAAAGGUGAAUAAACCAACAGUGUUCUUCAUGCCUCGGUGUGAUUGUCCAUUGUAUGUGAAUCUAGCAAAAGAAAACCAAGAAGCCACGUUAGAAAACGUAGUGAUAUUUGGGAGUAGCUUUAGGAAGUGGAAAGUUGAUCUAAUCCCAUUAAAAGAGAAAUUUAAAGGACGUGCUUCGCCUCUUGUAGAUGGUGUCGACUUUUUGGCUGAAAAUUUUUCCAAUGAGUUUGAAGUUGAUUCUACAUCCUUAACAUCCUCAACUGCCUUAGCUGCUUUUUCUGAACUUAGUUGGCAUUUUAGCUCUGUGUAAUAAGUGAUCACUAAUUCACUAUAUUACAAGGGACAAGGGUCCCUCAGCUGACUCUUAAGGCAAACAUAGACAAGGGUACUUCAUCAUUCUUAUUUCUUACUGAAUGUAAAUGUAAUAUUCAUUUUCUUUUC